AUGCCCAUACGGAAUGUUUCCAACGCAACCGAGCCACUGGGCCUUGACUGGCAAGCCCGGGGGCCACCGGCGGCUUCCGAGCACCACGAAAGCACUUCGUUGUCAAGUUUCUUCGUCCCAUUGCUGCUCUCCGCGGCCGGGCUGCUGGAGGACGCCGCAACGUGGGAGUGGGAAGGCCUGCCGUGGUUCCGAACGAGCCGGGAGGCGCUAACACGAAGGAGGCAGCGUGGCGCCGUGGCGGCACUGGCCAUUGAGAACCACUACCUCACGGCGAGCUCGCAGGAAUCGUUGCUUUUGAGCUUCGCCGGGGACGCAGGUGCCGCACAGAUCUCGCGAGGGGCCGCGGCGCUGGGGAGCGCGAACGCGUCCCCCAACCAGCAUGCCGACCCGCGUCAGGAGCCUGACGUCGACGCCCACAUCGCCCACGUCGCCGGCGAGACGGCUCGAGCGUCGCGCGCUCGGGGAAGAGGACGGCGGGGCCGUGGGGGCCGCGGACGAGGACGCCGGCAACGUGGCUCCGUCGCGCCGGGCGACCCGGCGGCGCCGACACAGAUCGACACGGACAGUGACGCCGAUAGGCCGGUCCGAGCGGCACCUGCUCCACCCUCCCGGCACAGCUGCGCACGCACGGCACCCUUACACUCGCAUUUGCAAAGCUUGCGGGACGUCGCGCUGCUGAAGGAGUUUGAGAACCGAAUCUACACUUUUCAGUCCCCACCGCGUCAACUCCGCGGCCUUUUGCGGAACGCACUGCGCGUGUCGCUCGAAGCAAUCCGGGAUGGUGCCGGCACAGACCGCGAGUGCGAGGGAUGGAAGCUUUUUCUUCUGGCCCCCCGCAUGCUGUUAUACCGAACCCCGGGCACCACCCACGUCCCGCCCGAGGAGAUCAAGCGACGCGAACGUUUGUUUUGCGACGGCCAGUGGACGGAGCUACUCCGUGAGAGUGCGGGUGCCGCCCAACAGAUCCGGCCAGCUCGGGAGCCAAAGAGUGCGUGCCCCCAGAAGCUGGCUCUGAAGCCGACAUCCGUCGCCGGGCUGACCGCGCUCCGCGACCCCGCGCGUCGACCGCCGGCUGCGCAGGCACGACGCGGGGCCGCGGCGGGACCGUCCGGGUGUACCAACGAACACCUCAGGGUGCUCAUGGAUGAGGAGGCCACCGUGGUGCUUCUCGGGCACGCCGCUGACUAA